UUCUUUUCUCGUUUCCUUCAUACCCUUUAUUUGUUUGAAUGUUUUGACGAAUAAUCUUUAUGGGUCCGUUGAAUCUGUUCUGAUUGAUGAAUAUGAUCAACUUUCUUUUGUUGUGUUCUGACUAAUGCAAUGUCUGAGAUCUCUUGAUUGCUGAAGAAUGUUUGUGGGUCUGUAGAAUCUGUUAGAGGGUUUAUUUUGUUGAAUGAGAUUCAUGGAGUGUAGGGGGAAGAAAUUGAAUAUCACAGAUUUGGAAGCAUGGAUGAGCGAGGCCAAAGCACCAGUUUUGGGGCACACAUUGAGGUUUUUCAAUCUAUUGAAAGCAAAAGGAGUGGAUAUCAUUUUGAUUUCUGCUAGAAGGGAAGCUCUGAGAUCAGCCACCAUUGAGAACCUCGUUCAAAAGGGGUACCAUGGAUGGUCCGAUCUGUUCUUUAGGAGCGAUGAAGAGAAGGACGUGGAGAAAUAUAAGUCAGAUGUGAGAAGGAGAUUGGUGAAAGGAGGGUAUUGCAUUUGGGGGAUAUUGGGAGAUCAAUACAGCAGCCUUGAGGGAACUCCAAGUGGAAGAAGAACGUUCAAGCUUCCAAAUCCAAUGUAUUAUGCUCAAAAUCAGCCUAAAGAACUACUGCGAAAGCUGGAGAUUGAACGUCGAGCUCCACAAUGUCCGAUACUUCAAGCUUGUUCCUGA